CUAACGAUGCGUCUGUUAGUUGUACUUCUCAGUAAUUGCGUUACUAUACAACGUUCGAAACGACAAACAUACAAAUAUGAUGACGCCUUCAUGGCAUAUGCGAAUCCGCAUCCUAACACAAAGGUGAAGCAGGGCUUCUUAACGCGAUACGCACCACAGGAUUGGCCGAAGUGGUACUCGCGAACUAUGAUGCAAUGGGAUGGUAUAUCCGUAUUAUCGCCCUAUGAUACCAACGAUGUACGCUAUCCAGCAUGGCAUGCCACGAGAAUCAAAGGAGGUCGUUAG